ACACACACACACACACACACACACACACACACACACACACAUGACCCGGGUCACAUGACGGUAAGCUUUGAUACUACCUCCUGGUUCAGGCAGACUGGCUACACGGAGCGAGGCUAGCUGUUAGCUUUGACUGUCUAGACGGCCGAGAUGAGUUUCCUUGGAGGUUUGUUUGGGCCGGUAUGUGAGAUAGAUGUACUGCUGAACGAUGCAGAGAACAGAAAGACAGCCGAGUUGAAGACAGAAGAUGGGAAAGUGGAAAAACACUACCUGUUCUACGACGGAGAGUCUGUGUCUGGAAAGGUGAAUCUAAAUGUGAAGCAGGGAGGAAAGCGACUCGAGCAUCAGGGCAUCCGCAUCGAGUUUGUUGGACAGAUAGAGCUGUUCUCUGAUAAGAGUAACACCCAUGAGUUUGUGGACUUGGUGAAAGAGUUGGCUCUACCUGGAGAACUCACGCAGAACAGAAGCUAUGACUUUGAGUUCAUGCAGGUGGAGAAGCCCUACGAGUCCUAUACUGGAGCGAACGUCAGGCUAAGGUAUUUCCUCAGGGUGACAAUAGUUCGUCGUCUGUCUGACUUAGUGAAGGAAUACGAGUUAAUUGUCCACCAGUUAGCCACCUACCCAGAUGUCAACAACUCGAUCAAGAUGGAAGUCGGCAUAGAAGACUGUCUUCACAUCGAGUUUGAAUACAAUAAAUCCAAAUACCACCUGAAGGACGUGAUUGUUGGGAAGAUCUACUUCCUGCUGGUCAGGAUCAAGAUCCAACACAUGGAGUUACAGCUCAUCAAGAAGGAGAUAACAGGCAUUGGUCCCAGUACUACCACUGAGACAGAGACGGUUGCAAAGUAUGAGAUCAUGGAUGGAGCUCCAGUUAAAGGAGAAUCCAUCCCUAUCAGACUGUUCCUGGCAGGAUAUGACUUGACGCCCACCAUGAGAGAUGUCAACAAGAAGUUCUCUGUGCGCUACUUCCUUAAUCUGGUGCUGGUGGAUGAGGAGGACAGAAGAUACUUUAAACAACAGGAGAUUGUUCUGUGGAGAAAAGCCCCAGAGAAGCUGAGGAAAAGAAACUUCCAUCAGCGCUAUGAGUCACCGGAGUCCCGAACCCAGCCAGUUAAUGUAGAGCAGCCAGAGAUGUGAGGGUGAUACUAUGAACUGAAAAUACACACAGACUGCCCCACAGACAGACACAGGCUGCCCCACUAUCUCCCUGGACUGAGAAAUGUCUGUAUACAUGAGUACACAUAACAUACCUUCAGACAACCCCCCCCCCCCCCUCCUCCCUCACCACUUCACAGCUUCACAUAUGAGCUGUCCUACCACCAUCACUGGCUCCCCCAGGACUGAAACACACUUGCAUACAGAUGCACAAGUCUGCUGAAUGCUAAAUGUCAAAGCAAGAGUGCAAAACAUACCAACCCAAGUAAAGAACAGUGAGGCAGCUUAUUUCAUCCUGACGCCUCGGACUGAGAACACACACUCUAGCACACACACGUGAAGCCAUACAGUUUGCUGAGUGUGUAAUAAACAGGAGCAAAGUCGGAAAAGAGGAGAUGGCGACACACAACCACCACGUCAUUCAUCUCAACAAGAGCUUCUUUUGGUUGCAUAUUUGGACAGCUCUUAUCCUGGACAUUCUCUGACGUCCUCCCUCCCAACCUCCUACAAAAUGACGGUUUCUCGAAAUGGAUUGGCUUGCAGGUAUUUAAGUCAUGUGGGGACUAGCUUGAACAAAGGACAUGAGAGGCUAAGCUAUGCGUUGAUGAGAUGUUUAUACACUAUACUUGAGUUUGGGAUACGGUGAUGCCACUGUGCUCUCGUUCGUUCAUCUUGCUGUUUUUUUUAGGUAUGUUGCAACAGUCCACAGAAUGCUGUAAAAUGUCAACUUGAUUGAAAAAUUAGUGCAACAAAUGUCCAUCUUAACAUAAAUUUAAUCCUAUAUUUAAUCUUUGAAUGUGGCUUCCAGUGUUGACAUUUGAAUGUCAUUUAUUUCAUAAAAUUAUUUAAAUGAAAUCAUAUAGAGUUGCAACUAAUCAUUAUUUUCAUUAUUCAUUUAUUUAGUCUAUAAAAUGUCACCUCGGGCACAAUGUCCUAGUGCCCAACGUGACAUCUGCAAAUGACUUGUUUUGUCUGACCAUCAGUCUAAAACCCCAAAAAUAUUCAAUUUACAAUUACAUAAUAGAAAGAAACGCAGAAAAUGCUUGCAUUGGCUUAUAUAGAAUCAGAGAAUGCGAGUGUUUCCAAAUACAGAAACAGCUAAUCAAUCAUCAAAAUGAUUGCCAUUUAAUUGAAGUAACUGAUUGAUCAAUUGGCUAAUCAUUGCAGCUCUAAAACAUCAUUUCAGUUUGUUGUUAAGAUGAAUAUUUGAUGCAGUUUUCAGUGAUGGGGUCUGUCAGUUUACUACAGGAUUGCCUCCAAAUUUCAACAUGUGUCUCUAGCAUGCUGCAUUUUGUUUGAUCUUUACGGUGCUGUUUAUUUAUGACUAAUCUCCAAGAAUGGAAUCCAGUUACUGUUUGUUGUUCGAAAUUAUUUGACAGGUCAGCUCAAAAAAAAAAAAAAAGUUAUGGUGGUAGAACAGGAGAAUUCAAUUUCAGUGCUUGAGCUCCACUGGUGGAAUUCCACUGGCUCCCAUUUUAUUAGUGUGGACGAAGAAAUCAGAGAGAGAUAUCUCAAAAUGUCUGCGCAUUUAUUCUGUAUGGCUAAACAGAAAAUAUGUUUACUGGUAAUUUGAGUGAACUGAACCUUUACGUUCCUGUAUCCAGCUCACUAUCACAUCAUUGCAUCAAUCAUUCAAUGUAAGAUAUAGAUCAUCUUAAGUCUCUAAAAUUCAAAGCUUAAAGUUGAAGAAGAAGAAAUUAUGCGGUUACUUUUACCUGAAAAUGAAAUUUCUGUCAUCAUCACAAGGAUAUAACAGCUUCUUUUUACAUUGUGAAUGAUUCAAUGGAACGAUGAAAUGAUACUAUUCAUGACUAGCAGACAGUAGAUCCACUGUUCUUGUCACUUUCAUCCUAUUUUUCAAAGGGUGUGUCGGUUUUUUCCUUUUUCUUUUUUUUUAGACUCUUGGUAUAUUUACAAUACUAAUGUAACAAAUGGCUCAUGUCUGCUGUUGUAAGCACUGGAAGGAAUGCAGUAUCAGUAUACUGUAAAAUCUAACAAUGUUCCACUGUGAUGCUCAGACCGGCAGUUUAGGUCCUGCUUUAAAGACAUACUCAUACACACACAGUUUGGUGAUGUUGCCAGUCCUGUGUGUAGGGUCAAUUUGCCCUUAAGCUCUGAUCUGUGGCCAGUUUUGCACUUUUCCCUCCAAUGCUUAACUUUAUACAAAGGGGCAUGGAAGCUGAAAUGAAACAUCACUCAAGGACAAGUUCACCUCAGAGAUCUCCUGUGUCUGUAAUGGAAAUUAUACUGUCAUUUAUAUAUCACUAAUUAUUUUAAUUGGACUUGCUAAGUACAAUAUUUUGUUGCUUUUUGUCUCUUUAAUGUGCAGGUCAUGCCACCAUGUUAUGUUUCUUUAAAUGUCUGAUCGCUCCGAUCUACUACUCGGUUGUUUUUCUUUGUUUCUUCACAAGAGUGUUGACCUUGCAUUUUGGUCUCCCACUUUGUCAGGCAACGUUGUAAUUUAUUUGCAAGUAAUGCUUUGUUUCUCUCUGCCUGUCAGAUAUAUUUUCUGUAUUUCUGAACACUGUACAGGUAGGGUUUGUUUGGUGUACUUUAAAUACCUUUCAAGGUAAUGAAGAAACACUUAAAUGCCAAAACUCUCUGCCCCUGUGUUAUCUACUGCAUGUUAAUCUUUACACAAUGUUUAAUCAUGUUCAAUCAUCAAUGUGUGAGAGUGUGUGUGUGCGUGUAUGAUAUGAUAUGUGUAUGAUGUGUGUAUAUAUACACCAAACCCAAAUAUAUAGCUUAAAUGAAUAGUGAAUAAAGCAAAUUUAUACUGAA